AUGAGCUUCAGCAGCCAAUUUUGCAAUAACUCUUUUUAAAUGAGUUGAUUUAUGUAUAUAUUCCACAAAGUCCAGUCCUAAUAUUUAACUAAAAAUUCCCGUUGACUUUCCACUCGGUUUUUUUGGGGUCGCUCCCAAAAUAUGUUGUUAGGUUUAGGCAGAUCGGUUGCCAGACUUGGCUCCUCCUUCCAACCACAUCUCUUGGCCAGCCAAAAAUGUGGCGAAAGUGCCAAGAAGGCCUUGAUUAUUUUGGCACCAGGAGCUGAGGAAAUGGAGUUUACCAUAUCGGCUGACGUCCUUCGAAGAGCAAAGAUCAAUGUCACCAUAGCUGGGUUGGACACUUGUGAGCCCAUCAAGUGUUCCCGGGAUGUUGUCAUUGUGCCCGAUACUUCCCUGGAGCAGGCAAUGGGCCAAGGCAACUAUGAUGUGGUAGUCCUGCCUGGUGGCUUGGCGGGCAACAAGGCCCUGAUGGAGUCCUGCGAUGUGGGGGAACUUCUGCGGCAGCAGGAGUCUCAGGGCGGACUAAUUGCCGCCAUAUGUGCCGCACCCACGGCUCUCGCCAAGCACGGAAUAGGGAAGGGAAAGGCACUAACAUCUCACCCGGAUAUGAAGCGCCAGUUGGAGGAAAACUAUAUCGAACAGAGUGUGGUUCAAGAUGGAAAUCUAAUAACUAGCCGAGGACCUGGAACAUCUUUUGAUUUCGCCCUGAAGAUUGUCGAGCAACUGCUGGGAGCUGAGGUAGCCAAGAACGUAGCCAAACCGAUGUUAGUCACUUUCAAGCCUUAAUUAACCGGAACAGUAAAAUAUAAUAUAUCUUAUUUAAAACGGUUCCAGUUAUGCAAUUAAUAAUUAUUAUAAAAGGGAGAUCUUGUUGUCACAGAAUCUUUAUAACCAAAGCACCAUGAAGCUCUUCUGGUGGAAUUUCGUACACUUGAUAUUUUUCUUUAUAAUCCAAGACGAUUGCAAAUCGCGCUGUUUUGAGCAAAAAGAUUAUCCAUGCUUCUGUCCUUUGGGUUGAGAUAAUUCAAUUAUAUAAAUAAAAUGAAUGAAUAAAUGAACUUUGCAGCACUCUUAAAUGCCUACUUAUUAGAGUUGUUUGUAGUUCAGUUUCAACAACAGGUAGCAGGUUCUUACAAAGCCAAAUUUCUCAAACUGGGCAGUAAUUUGGGGCUUUGGAAGUGGACAUUAUGUGUCUCCUGAAGUUAAUAGAAUUAUGAAAAUGGAAUUUACCUCCCUAUUCAGUGGUUUGGGAAGCAGGACAUCGCUCAAAAAAUUAAACCACUGAAGAUUUUGUUUCUGACAGAUUAGCUUAAAUAAAAACAAGGAAGGACGCCUUUAUUCGAGUUUUGCGACUAUAUGAUACCCGGUACUCAUCUUUUCGCCUCUAAAAAUAUUCCUAUUCGCCUGAAGGAGAUAUUGGAAAUCGGAUAGCUCUAUCUCUUAUAGUCUCUUAGAUCCAAGCGUUUAAAAUUAAAUUAUUAAAUUAUAAAAUAUUAAAACAAUUCAGUAUGGGAAUAAGAAAAUACAAAUACAAGGCAAUCUGAUUAAUGAACUUUUUAGUAUUCUUAAACGCAUUUUCUUUUAUUGCAUUGAUUGAUAUUGAUGAAUAAUAAUUAUGAAUUAAUUUCACAUUAAUUUACGAAUAAAUUACUUUAAUUUGUACUUCAAGGAAAAGGAUUCAGAAGGAUACUUUCGAAAGACUGUAUCUUCAGAGUUUAAACUUGACCCUGAAAGUAUUAGGGUGCUUUCAUGUAAAUGAUUUAAUCAUAGUCCAAACUCUGAAUAAUUUAUUUAAAGAAAAUUUCAAUGUUGACAUUUAAUGAGAUUUGAAACGAAUCGAAUCAAUAUCCGAUUAAAUAACAGAUUUUAAGAGUUAUAGUUCAUUGUUAUUUCUAACCUGAGGAGGAUCGGGUUUGUGAAAUGAAUUUGAAAUUUUUGAUUAUUUUUGGAGCUAUGAUUUCAUCGGUUGUUGGACUUUCGCUGUGGAAUCGUCGAUCAAAGUACCCCAAAUGUGAGCCACACCAGACCCUCAACGCCAAAGGUAAAUGUUCAUCUGGAAAAUAAUUAAGAUAUAUACGUAAUUGACCAAAAUAUAGUCUUGGAUCACAGUUCCAAGUUUACAGUUUACGAAUAAAUUUUUGUUUUAACCUAAGGAGGUUCUAACCUUCAGUGUAAUGAA